AUGAGACCAAAGUUAGAUGAACUGAAGGCAACAUUAGCGUUCUGUCCGCUUUGGAGUUUUGAAAAGCGCAAGUGGUUGGGGCUGCUACUUCUUCAAGCCAUGGGAGUCUAUUGUUUGCAUCACAAUUCAAGGAUACCCUUUCAAAGUGCAAUAAGGGCAUUCGACGAUGAAGCCAUGAGGUUGUAUCCAUGGGGUCGGACUGCAUACGAAGUUCUAAUUGACUCUAUUAAAACAUUGGCUCCAGAUGGAGGUUCAUAUACAAUAAGCGGCAUGAAGGACGCGUUAUUGAUUUGGGCUUAUGAAUCCGUCACAUGCUUCGGUGAGAGUUUUGGGAGAGUGAUCAAUAACGAAGACGUUCCGCUUUUGCGAUGGGGUGGAAAGCGUACACGUGCAAACUUUGAUAAAUUGUUGUCUGCCGAAAUCGAAAAGCAUGGCGUGGUGCGUGUGAGGAGAAUGGUUUUGAAGGACUCAAUUGAAGAGAUGUUUCCUAUUUGGCCGGGUGAAGAUGACGACCAACAACUCGUUAGGUUGAUAACAGAUAUACAUUCAGGUAGAUUUGUGAAAGGUUUGUGGGAAGUGCAGGGGAAUGCAAAGGGGAAGAGGAAUGAGAAGAAGAGAAUGAAGGGUGGAGUUUCGUCAGAAGUUGAGCCACCCAUUAAGAAGCAAAAGAAGAAAGUUAAGACACAAAAUGAGUCUGAAGCUGAUGCAACGGGAAAGGGUUCUAGCGAUAAGGAAGGUAGCGAAGAGUUGGAGUUGGAGAACAAAGCGACUCUAACGAUCAUUAAGUCUGUCAAUAGUCCAGCGUUAGUAGCUGCGACCCCUGGUAAGGAGUUUGGACCGAAAAAGAAUUUGGCCAAGGAGCUUAAAAAGAAAUCAGGGGUGAAAAGGACUUUGGAUGAGGAGUUUGGUAGUGUCGAUAAAGCUACUGAUAUGCGGCCUCUUGAUUUCGUAGUAAUUUCUCCUGCAAAGGCUACUAAGGAUGAUAAGGCUACUAAGGAUGAUAAGGCUGCUAAGGAUCCAGCCUAUGGACGCGGUUGCAGGUGCAUGCGUAUUGUUAAAGGUGAGGAAGCCGAUGAGAAGAAAAAAGCAGCGCAGGCAGAUGCUGCGUUUAAGAGGAAGGAGAAGGCUGAGGUUAAGAAAAAAGCUGCUGAGGAUAAGAAAAAAGAGGCUGAAGCUAAGAAAAAGAGGCUGAAGCUAAGAAAAAAGUGGCUGAGACUAAGAAAAAAGAGGCUGAGUUAA